AUAGCGACAUAGGAAGCAUGUCGACUGAAGAGAGGCGAGAGUCUGACACUGGAGAAAAGAAGGAUAAAGCCGAGGCCAUCAUAGCCGAAAUACAAGGGAGAAUAACUAAAGCAUUUGAUAUAUUUGAUCAUGAAAAUAAUAAAACGGUGGAUGUUCGAGAAGUAGGAACUAUCGUCAGGUCAUUAAAUUGUUGUCCAACAGAAGCAGAACUUCAUGAUAUAUUAACAGAAAUGGAAGAAGAUGAACCUACGGGCUAUGUAAAAUUUGAAAAAUUUCUGCCCGUGAUGACCACUAUUUUAAUGGAUCGACGCUACAAGCCUCAACCAGAAGAUAUUUUAUUAAAAGCUUUCCAAACUUUGGACACUGAGAACCAGGGGUUUUUGACUAGUGACGAGUUGCAAAAGUACAUGAUGAAAGAAGGUGAACCUUUUACUCAAGACGAAAUGGAAGAAAUGCUUUCCGCAGCUCAGGAUCCGGAUAAAGGAACAGUACAAUACAAAGACUUUGUAGGCCUUAUGGCGGUGGAAGAAUCUUAAUUUACACUUAACAAACAAAACGAUCCAUCAAAUAGGUAAUACAUUCUUUCAAGAAUAUUUUGGACCUCUUUAUCGAAAGCGAAAUCUGAACAAAUUCUUUCCUGCACGUUCAAUAUUUCUUGGAGGAGGUUUCCACUGAAGAUAUAAAAAAAAGCAUAUUUGUAAAUAAAAACAUAUAUAAUUCUUAAUGAAUCAAUUAUUUUAAAUAAUAUACUUGAAUGAUAACG